ACACGUUAAUUUCGCUGCGAGCUUUUGAAAUCUAACUUGAUAUUACUAUGGGCUAUGCAUUUUAUACUAUGGAAUACAAAACAAUACUAAUGCGUUGCAUAUAUGAAUAAUUUAAAACGAAGCAAGUGCAUCUGUGAAGGGGUGGCUUGUUUGCACUACAAUUCUGAAUGUGCCGAACAUGUUCAAAAAGAUGAUUUUGUGACAUUACAUAGCAACCAAUCGCAGCAAGAGACGUACACAACCGGUAAAUACAAAACAACGGCACGCUGUGAGUGCUAACAAUUUAACCGUUUUUAAACUAAGCUUAACUGUUGACGUUAGUUCACAUUGUAUGGGAAUACUUAAAAACCAGGAUACACAAUGAUAGCAACCGGUGAUUUGAAGGGAUCUCUGAAGAAACUUGAAGCUUGUCUUCGCUGUCUGAAGUAUCCGCAUGAUGUCAACUAUCAAGGGUUGGCCCGUGGUGACCCUGCCUGCUGCUUACCCAUUGUGAGCUAUGCACUUGUCUCCCACUCGCCAUAUCUGGCUGAGCAUCUCAUGGGAUUUUCAGUUGAGCUCACUGGAGCCAGUGACCUGCGGUUUCUGGAGAGUCUCUAUAAGGUUCUGCGGGACCUCUUCAGCUACAAGCCUCAGUUGUCCAAGCAGCAGUUUCUCCAGUUUGGCUUUGCUGUGAGGAAAGUCAGCCUAGUGUGUGACAUCAUCAACUUUGCCAUCCAGAAGCACAAAGAGCUUUCCAAGGCCAGCAAGCCUGCCAACCUUCCUUCCAGGAGGCCUCGUUUCCGGCCCUUCCCUCCUGAGUGUGGAAACAGGGAUUUCUCUCCCUUCCAGAUCCACGAGUGCCAACCCGCAGCCCCAGGGGUGCCCCAGAGCAGGCCCCUGGUGGAGAGGCAUAUGGGCAGCGUCACCCCCGUCCUCUUCAGCCUGUCCUCAGACGAUCAGGAGGAAAUGUUGGAGAGCGAGGAGGAGGUGCAGGAGGAUGAGGAACAGCAGAACACUGAAGCAGCAGCGGAAGAGAGGACUGUGAUGGAGGCUGCUCCAGUUAUACCCGCUGCAGUGGAGGUCAGGCUGGAGGCCAUGGAGGCCCAGCUGCAGUGCUGUGAGAGGCGCCUGGGCCAACUGGCGGUGCUGGAGAGCCGGCUGCAGGCCCUGGAGAGGUCCAUGGCUGGGAAGGUGGUGCUGGAGCAGAGCCACUGGGAGAACCUGGAGAGCCGCGUGCUGCUGCUGGAGACCAGACUAGCCCUCAGUGAAACACAGUCUCAGAAAUGUCCAGUGAUAAUAGAUAUAGUGAAAAUUCCAAGCCUGGAGGAGCUUUCAGAAACCAAAGUUGCUUCAGCGGAAGAGGAGGAGAACCGAGGAGGAGCUGAGGUGGCGUUUCCCAGCCCUCCUCAGUCACGCGUUACAGACACACACCAUCUGACCGGCUCUCCCCCUCCACACGCACAGGAGAAUAUAAAAGAACGACUGGAAAGGAUAGCUAAUAUGAUGAAAGACACAUCCAGCCUUUUGCAAAGCGUAGAACCAUCAAUCUAGUUGGACCUGAUAUUUUCUUGUAGUACUUUAUCCAUGAUUAUGACCUUUCACUUUGCCUCUAUAAUGUGCCUGCUUUUUGUGUUUAUAAGCAUCUUUUUAAACAUUUUCUGUAGACUUUGUUUUUGUGUUUAGCAAAUAUUUGAAAUAACAUGUUUUCUCUGUCACCUAUUUUUGCCAAAAACUAACUCCACGUAAUGGCCUCUAGAGGUCACUGUGACCCAACUGUAUUUCAGCAUAGACCCAUGCUCUGACAGGGCUCCCUGCUACUUCCCCCGAGUAGUAGAGUCAUUUCCAGCUGAAGCCAUGCACGUGGCUAUAGAAUGAUGGCUAAAUUAAUUCCUUGAAUAAAAGUGGCUUAUUUAGGUAAGAUAAA